AUGCAGUUACCGCCCCUUCCUUUGAGCCCAUGGAGCUCGCUCGAGCCUCCCGCAGCUAGUGCCGUGGCGAAGAUCCUGCUCACCGCCGCCGUCGCGAGUCUGCUGGCCAAGAUCGGCACGAUGUUUCACCGCAAAGUGCGUAUCGCUCGCGGGCUGGAGCCUCUGAGCGGUUCUCCCGGAGUGUGGCUACUGGGUAACAUGCCAGCGUUCAUCAAGAACCACAACCGCAUCUACGAGUUCUUGGAGGAUCUGCUGAAGCAGUACGGCGGGCGCAUGAAGAUGCCGUGGCAUCUUUUCUUCGAUGGAGCCAUCUACAUCACAGACCCAAAGGACGUCCAGCACAUCCUGUCGACGAAUUUCAACAACUACGUGAAGCCGCAGGGAUUUCUGGACGCCUUUCAAGAGGCCUUCGACAACUCGCUCUUCAUUUUGAACCACAACGCCGAGGCACCGGACGGCGGAGCUGGUUGGCGUCUGCAACGCAAAGUGACGCUUAAAGUGUUCACGACAGCCAACUUCCGCAUCUAUACGGAGAAAAUCUUUGCCAGACACGCCGAAGAAACGAUGGUGAAUGCACAAGCCGAGGCGGUCAAGGUGAGAGACAGCCAAAGUAGCAACGAGAGCUUUUGCUGCGAUAUGCAGGCUGUUAGUGCGAGAUACACGUUCAACUCCAUCUUCGACGUCGCCUUCGGCCUGCCUCUGAGCGAGAUCGAGGGAGCUGACGAGUUCGCAGAGCAAAUCAACUUUGUCAAUGAGCACUGCGCACAGAGGCUCUUUGUCAAGCAGUACUACAAGAUGUUGUCGUGGGUCAUGCCCAGUGAGCGCGAGCUACGACGAUGCACGCGUGGUAUUCGAGCGGUCGCUGACAAUAUUUUGCUUCGACGUCUGAAAGAACCUGGGGAGAAAAUCAGCGCGCGGUCGGAUCUACUGUCGUUGUUCAUCCGCAAGGCUCGAGAGCUAGCUGCUGAAGGCACCAAGGAGCAAGGUGCGGACGCCGCUGCGUUGCUGGGGCCCAACACGCUUCGCUCCAUCAUCUUGACGUUCGUCUUUGGUGGCCGAGACACCAUAGCGGAGUGCAUCACUUACAGCUUCUACGCGAUCGCGAAGCAUCCGCAAGUCCAACAACGAAUUGUGGAGGAGCUCGAGUCGAUCAAAACUAGUGGCGGAUUGAAGGUGACAGCUUUCACGUUUGACGAAGUGAACAGCAUGAAAUAUCUCGACGCCGUCGUGUACGAGGCGUUGCGGCUGUACCCAGCAGUGCCGUACAACGUCAAGAGCGCCGUGAAGGACGAUUACCUGCCCGACGGCACCUUCGUGCCUGCAGGUGUCGACGUCGUCUACUGUCCGUGGUACAUGGGUCGCAACAGCGCGCUGUGGGGUGACAAUCCGCUGGAGUUCCGCCCUGAACGCUGGCUGGAGAUGUCCAAGCGCCCGAGCGCGUACGAGUUUCCGGUCUUCCAAGCGGGGCCACGCAUUUGCCCGGGGAUGAAUAUGGCCAUACUGGAGACCAAGUUCUUCCUCGCCACCACGCUCAGCCGGUUUCAUGUUGCCAUUGCACCUGGCGAGAAGCAGGAGCGAGGCUACGUGCUGAAAAUGGCGCUCUUCAUGGACGGUGGUCUGCCGCUGCAGAUGACCCCACGCGCCCAGUUCACAAGUUAA